AUGAAGAGAUUAGGGCGAAAAAUGACGUCAGUAGCUGCCCAUCACGGUCACGGCGGAGGGGAGCAGGAACCGUGCUCGCGCAGCGCCCUGCUGGACCACAGUCGGCGGCAUCGGACGGCCUUCACACGCGAGCAACUGUCCCGGCUGGAGCAAGAGUACUGCAAGGAGAGCUACGUGUCGAGGCCCCGGAGGUGUGAACUUGCCACUGAACUCAAUUUACCGGAGACGACAAUAAAGGUGUGGUUCCAGAACCGGAGGAUGAAGGACAAGCGACAGAGACACUCCCUCUCCUGGCCCCACCCCCUGGUCGACCCGCUGGGCAUGCUCCUCCUGGGGCGCGCCACCUCCACCCCCUCCUCCUCCUCCUCCUCACCUUACCCCUUCAUCCCACACCACCUUCCGCACCUCCCCCUCCACCUCUACUCCCCCCUGGGGCUCUCGGCCUCGGCCCACAGCCCCUACAGCGUCCCCAUGAGGCCCCUGGAGGCGCUGCGCCUCUCCCACUACCACAGCCGGCCCGGCGGGCUCCAUCCGCCCGGGGCAACUCUCUACCCCCCCAUGGGGGGAAUGCACCACCCGGCCUCCUGCGCCUGCCCCCUCUGCAUACAGUGGGGGACGGACCAACUUCUCAAGGCCAGGGGCGAGAUUGCCGCCCUGGGCAUGAUGAGCCGGUCCCGCAGUCCGAAGGCCAUCCAGUCGGCCGCCCUGGACAGAAGGGAGGAGGUGGUGUGA